GAUGAUUUUCUUGUUUUCAUGUAUGGUGAUGACUUUACACAGUCGAAGAUCGUCCGUUAUUCUUGCUCCAAAGAGACCAAAAUGACCAAAGAGAAACUAACCAUCCAAUUUGAUGAUAAAGACAAUUCGUUGUUCUCCAUGCAUGACACCAAAUACAUCUGUGAGAACAGAAACCUGGAUUUAUGUGUGGCUGACCAUGACGCUCGAGCAAUAGUAGUAGUAAAUCAAUCCGGAAAGCUAAGAUUAAGAUAUACGGGUCUUUACUUUACCACCAAACAAGAGCCCUUUGAGCCUCGUGGAAUUACUACAGAUAGCAAGAGUCAUAUCUUAAUAGCAGACCAUAGUAAUGAGUGCAUUCACGUCCUAGAUCAGAAUGGACAGUUCCUACGUUAUAUAGAUAACUGUGGUCUUCGUACUCCGUGGGGCUUAUGUGUAGAUACCAUUGACAAUCUCAUUGUAUCAGAGUCCUCUUAUCGCACAGUAAAGAAGAUAAGAUAUAAAAAGACUCCACAGCAGAAUGUUACUAUGUGCGAGUACGUCAUAACAUAACGAAAUAAAGUAAAACUAUGUUUGCAA